GAACUUUUCAAAGGAGUUAGACACUCGUUUAUGAAACGUGACGUGCAACAACAUGUGGACAUGACGGAAUUCGGUGCAAAAAAUUUGAAUGGAAACACAUCUUCAAGUGGCAUCACUUUAAACGCGAAUGAAAGUUACAUUCAACAAGAAAGUGUGUUUGGAACUAAUCAAGGAGCUACGAACAAUAACUUAUCCAAGGCUGAGAGUGAAAUAGAUAAAACACCAAAAGUAAAAGACGUUUUCAACACAGCGACGAGGAGGUGUAAAAAACUCGGCCCUGGACAGAACAAUUCAAAGUGUUUGCUGAUUCGAAGUAAAAUUCGAACGUUUGAACCACUCGACACAUCUCCGAGAGGGGCCUUGGAGGGAAGAAGCGUUGACAACUUUUCCAAAAAAUCUGGAAAAGACGCGAGUCAGUUCGCUAUUUUUAACGGGGAGAAAAUUGUACUCAAGCCCGCUCCGAAAAAUCACCAAGACCGUUUCAACUACUUUUUAGAGCCGCACUACAACAAAGAAAAAACCCAGUUGGAUUCUUCGUCAAACCAGUUUGAUGCUGAGAAGCAGCGGUUCAGAGCCGAGCAAAAUCCAGAUGCUUUUAGUCAAGAGUUCUUUUCAAACCAUCAAACUGAGAACAGUGUCAGUACCAAGAUGACAUCAUCGUCCGACGAGGAAGACGGAGGGCGUUUUUCGGAGCAGGCGAGCUCUGAUGAAAGCGGCGUCAAUGAGCAGCAACUAAACGACACAAUUUGGAAUAACGUACGUGAUAACAUUUUCUCAUCCUUACGGCAACUAUCGUCGAAUCGAUCAGAGAGUGCGCCCGACGAGGUUUUUUCGUCGCACGAGCUGUGUAAUUUUCAAGAUUAUAUUUUCUCAUCAAGUCCGAAUUGCACUUUUGGCCAACUGAUAUACAAUCUAGUGGAGGAGUCGUCGUUUGUUCUUCAGAAUCAAAAUUUCUCCGAGCGGAAUCUUCUAGACACGAUGCCAGACACUAAUUUCAUCUCAGGACGGCGGAAGGCAUCUUUGAAGUACAUCACUUUUCUAUUAGGCGUCUUGGUCGUCAAACUUCUGAUUGUAUUACCGCUGGUUAUUUUAACGGCCGGUAAAUCCAUAGCCUUGAGUCUCCUGUCAUUGGGCGUUGCUACCGCUAAUGUAUUUCAAAAUAAAAAUAAUCUACCCUACAUGAAGCGUCGAGACGAGGUUUCACCGUUCGCAUACGACAAAUUUUCUCUCGGACCCCAUAGCUUUAGAUGAUUUGUGUGAU